AAGCAGUCUACCUGCUCCUGUAGGAUCAAUGUGACUAAGACAGAGCUCGAAGUCGAGUGAAACCCUCCCCCCACCAUCAUGGCCUCGAUUCCUCACCCUUUGCAGCACCUCUCGAAAGAGGAGACGUGCCUAGCUCGUGAUAUUCUCAAGCAGUCUCAUUCCGGUGAGAUAAUUGAGUUUCGAGAGAUCAGCCUCCUUGAGCCUCCCAAAGCAGAAUUAACCGUUUUUCUUGACCUUGAACACAAAGGACUGCUUUCGGCUAGCAGCCCUCGUCCACAACGCCUUGCCAAAUGCCAUUACGACACAAUCGGAUCAGACAAAAUACCCCGUUACAAUGAAUCUAUCGUUGAUCUCGGCCAAAAAGCCAGAAUAAAGCAUGAAGUGAUUCCUCAGGAUAUUUCUCCUGCUCUCACGAUAGGUGAAUUUGAGGAGGUCGUUAAAGUCAUUAAUGCGUCGCCCAUGUACAAAGCAGCGCUGGCUGAACUUCAACUACCAGACUACUUAGAGCCUAUUAUAGAGCCAUGGCCAUAUGGCUCCCUUGAGCCCGAUGAUGACCCCAAAGGCCGAUACUUCCAAGGUCUUGUCUUCGCAACAGACAAACGCAGUGGUAACCCAGACACGAAUUUCUACCCAUUCCCAGUCCCUCUUAUACCAGUUGUUGAUUACCACAAGCGUGAGGUUGUUCGAAUCAUAAAGCUUGCGACGGGGGGUAUAGGUGAACCAGUGAAUUCCACCGCCCACCCCAAGAAUCCGAUGGACCACUGCGUCCCGGCCGAGUAUAUUCCCGAAUUGCUUCCAGGAGGUGUCCGUCAAGACCUUAAGGAGCUGAAUGUGGUUCAACCAAACGGCCCGUCGUUCAAAGUCACGGACGACUCACUUGUCGAGUGGCAGAAGUGGAGGUUCCGAGUUUCGUUUACGCCUCGUGAAGGUGCGGUUAUCCAUGAUGUUCACUACGACGGUAGAAGUGUGCUAUACAGAUUGUCCAUGAGUGAAAUGACUGUUCCUUACGCCGAUGCCUGGCCUCCCUUUCACAGAAAACAGGCCUUCGACUUUGGCGAAGGUGGCGCUGGAGCUUGUACGAAUAACCUUGCCCUCGGUUGUGAUUGUCUAGGUCACAUCAAGUACUUUGAUUCCGUGAUUCUUAAACCGAACGGAGACGUUCUUGACCAUCCUAAUGUGAUUUGCCUGCACGAGCAAGAUAACGGAAUUGGUUGGAAGCAUACCAAUUGGCGGACCGGUCGCGCAGUCGUAACACGCAACCGUGAACUCGUUGUGCAGUUCAUCAUUACGCUUGCCAACUACGAAUACGUCUUUGCGUACAAGUUCAACCAAUCCGGCGGCAUCGAUAUCGAGACGCGCGCGACUGGAAUUGUCAGUUGCGUGAACAUCGACGCCGGCAAGAUAAGUGAGUACGGGAACGUCGUCAACCCUGGCGUUCUUGCACAGAAUCACCAGCACAUCUUCGCAAUACGGAUCGACCCUGCGAUUGACGGGCACAAGAACACGGUCGUGCAGGAAGAAUCGCUACCCGUGCCUAUGAACGCGAAGACGAAUCCAAAUGGCAACUUCUAUCAGGUCGUGAGGACGCCGCUGAAGCAGUCGCAGUGGGUGGAUGCGAUGCCUCAGAACAAUCGAGUCUUCAAGAUCGUGAAUGAGAACAUCAAGAAUCCAAUCAGCGGCAGACCCGUAGGAUACAAACUCGUCCCUCCGCCGACGCAACUCCUCUUGGCAGACAAGCGAUCGAAACAAGCAAAGCGGGCUGCUUUCGCUCAGCAUCACCUGUGGGUGACAAAGUACCGGGAUCAAGAACUGUGGGCAGCAGGUCCGUACCUCUAUCAUUCUAGCGAGGAGAUCGGGGGCGUUCAGGACAUGGUGGCGCGUGGAGAUGAUAUCCAAAAUGAAGAUGUGGUGUUGUGGUCUGUCUUUGGACUGACUCACAACCCCCGAGUGGAGGAUUGGCCUGUGAUGCCAGUUGAGAUACAUCAAGUUUCAUUACGUCCUGCGGACUUCUUUACAGCAAAUCCAAGUCUCGACGUGCCCAGUAAUCGCAAUCUAGCCAGUAAACUUGAGAAUGGCUCUGCUCAUACCAAUGGCAAUGCGCAGACGUGCUGUCACCGAACGAACACGGUCGCCAAUGAAAACUGAUGGUUUUGUCUCAAUAUCGUUUCUACUGAAAGCUCCAUUUUUGGAUGAGCUGUAAUAUAGCCGACAGUUAAAUGACACACAUGCUCACAGCACUCUUCGUGGCGUGAGAAAAAUUCGUCCCAUCGCAUUUACAGCGCUCACCGCAACGCAUCACUAGCUCUUUACCCAUCAUUUCCUAGACUCUGAGGUGCACCCAGAAACACCAAUGACGCCACGCUUAUUACUUUUGCUUUCAAUUCGCGUCCUGUCGAAGCACC